GGAAAGCCUUGGAGAGCCAGUUGAGGCAACAGCGUCAUGCUGAGACCGUCUCAUCGUCAGACUGGCAAGGACAGCAGAAUGAGUUUCACCGAGACGGACCCUCUUAUUGCACGGCAAGAGGUGGGCAGUGAUGCUCAGCUGAAGGCGAAAGAGCCGAGAGUGUGGCUGUUGCACCGCCCUCUGCCCUACUACCAUGAGCCGAGGCCAUCGGAGGAGAGAGGCCCUUUCGGGCUGCCGUCGCUCGCUGCAAUGGAAGGCUUCUUGUCCUGUCUGCUCUACUUCUUGGUCUCGCUGAGCAUUACUCUGUUCAACAAGACCGUCUUGUCAACGUACCAUUUCAGGUGACAAAGCGAGGAGAACACACGGCAAGGCAAUGAACCACUGGUGGCGAUUAUAUUGUGUCUGUCUGUCUGUCUGUGUUGAUUGUGGGUCAGAUUCGUGACUGUCCUAUUGCUAGUGCAGACGCUUGUGACGGUUGGUAUCGUGCUAGUCGCGAGAGCGAUUCACGUCGUCGACUACCCUCAACUGACGCUGAGGAGAGCGUGGCAGCUCAUGCCUCUCUCCGUGUUCAACCUCGGCCGCAUUCUCACCUCGCUUGGCUCACUCUCGCAUCUCAACGUGCCCACAAACAGUGCCAUCCUACGGUGGGCCGGGCAGGGGAGUUCACGCGGGUUGUGCCGCUUGGUAGAUGGAUGCACUGCUGGCUUGUUCGGGUGUGCAGCUCUGGGACACUCGUCGUGGUGGUGGCGGAGUGGUGCUGGUUCGGGUGGAUCCCAUCAACACUCAUCUUCAUGUCUGUCGUCAUGCAAGUGAUUGGCGCUGGACUUGCUUCAUGGUAUGACCUUCACUUUGUCGCCAUCGGGUGCGCCCUUGCGAUGGGCUGCAACUUCUUCGCUGCCGGUACGUGACGAGCAGGCCAUAGACGCACACGGCGACUUGGGUGUUUGUCUGUCUGUGUCCUUCUCAGGUUAUCAAGUACAAAUGAAGGCCGACCUGACGUCCCAAGCGGGCAGAAGAGAGAACAUCAUCAGCUUGCUCAUGUACCAGUCGCUCUUAUCCCUUCCACCACUCUUCGUCUGGUCACUCGUCGGAGGCGAUUUGCUCCAUGCCUGGCGGUUUGGGCCUCUCUGGACCGACGCUGGCUUUCAGCUGUGCCUCUUCUCCUCCUCGACGCUUGCAGCCCUACUCAACUUCAGCAACAUGCUCGCAUGUCGGUACACGAGCCCCCUGUCUGUCACCGUCACCAGCAACCUGAAGUCCAUCGCUGCCGACGUCUUGGGCGUGUUUCUGUUCCCUGAUGUCACCCUCAGUGUCGGGUACGUUCAAAGAUACAUACAACAAAUAGACAGAGUCCAUUUAAAUUACACGUGUUGACGUACGUGUCUCACACACUUGACAUAUGUCCACACGCGCCGGCAGGUAUGUGGCCGGUGUUUUUCUUUCUGCCGGCGGCGCCUUCUGGUUCGGUCUCAUCAAGACAAUGGAAAGCAAGAGGGCAAACACAAAAAGGGCAGAAGACAGCAGCGAUAGGAGGCAGAGCAGCGCCGACACAAACGUGGAGGACUCGUCUGUGUCCGGGGAGUGUGAGAGCACGGCGAGAGAAAAGGACGCCAUGAACAGCCAACAAGGGGGAUAGACAGCCGAGGCAGGAGAGAGAGAGAGAAAGUCAAGGCAUGAGCAAGACACUCAGACAGCCCUCCGCCCAAGGGGAUGCGAGAAGAAAAACGGGCGGAAACACAAAGAGAGACGAUGGGGAUAUAUAUGGAAUAGUCAGGGCGUCCGACGGCUAUGUGCAUACCAUGGAUUCUUGUGUACAUUGAUGUCAAAAUACGUGUGUGUACACAACAAAGAAGGGUCACAGA